UCAUCCCCUUUCAAUAUGGGGACGAGUAGUAUAAGGUUGAGCUUCUUUAGUGUUUUAAUAAUUUCCGUAUUAUGGAAUCCGGCGUAUGCAAAUGAUAAGUGUUCGAUAGGAUGCAAAGGAUCUGCUACGUCACCAUCGUUUUUAAAUGGACAUAAAUACAACUAUGGCGUGGAAGGAACGGUUUCCAUCUUUCUAACUGGUGCUGACAAACAGGAAACUAGCGUGAAGCUACUCGGCCAGGCCUCUGUCACUGCCAUUGGCAACUGCGUCAAUGAAUUGACAAUCGUUAACUUGGCAAUAUCGGGUCCGGGUGGCAAGAAAUAUCCAUCUCCUCUGGGCAUCGAGAAACCGGUCCGCUUCACCCUUCAAGAUGGCAGAGUGGGCCCCGAGAUCUGUGCUGAGGAGGAUGAUAGCCGUCGAGCUCUCAACAUCAAGAGAGCCAUCAUUUCUUUGCUGCAGACGGAGAAUAAGGCUUCCACUCAGACGGAUAUCUUCGGUACCUGCCCCACGGAGGCUGUAUCAUCUCAGGAAGGUGGCUCCGUGCUAGUUCACAGGAACAGGGAUUUAUCACGAUGUGCGCACAGGGAACAGGGCAAAAAUGAACUCGUUACCGCCGUAUACAACCCUACAGCUGAAAUCAAGAAUUCUCAAGUCCUUCGCUCCGCAUUGAACGUAGAAUCAAAGGUGAACCAUGGUAUCCCAGAGAAGGUGGCUGCAACUGAAGAUUACCUAUACAGACCGUUCUCGGUUGGCGAUAAUGGUGCUAAAUCGAGAGUACUCACCAAGCUGACUCUUACUGGCAAAGCCAAAGCUGGUGGCACAUCCAACAAAUGCACACAAAGCCGAACAAUCAUCUUCGAAAACCCCCACGGGGCUGUUGUGGACAGCAACGCUGAUGCUGCUCUCGACGCUGUCAAGGAAACUGCCAAGAAUCUUGGCACUGAAGCCAACUCGAAAUCGGCUGGACUAUUCGCUCAGCUUGUCAGGAUUUUCCGGAACACCAACAAGGACGAUUUACUCAAAGUAUACAACCAAGUCAAAGGAAACAAUAUACAGAAGCAAGUAUACUUGGAUGCUGUAUUAAGAGCUGGCACCGGAUACAGUAUUGAAGCAUCCAUAGCCAUCCUCAAGAGUAAAGAUUUGAGCCCUGUGGCAGAACAACUGGUCUACCUGUCUCUAGGAAACGCAAGACAUGUCAGCAGUGAGGCUGUCAAAGCUGCCACUAGUCUGUUGGACAACCCUCAUAUUCCGAAAGAGGUGUAUCUUGGUAUCGGAGCACUUGCUGGUGCCUACUGCAAGGAACACAACUGCCAUACUGUCAAAUCUGAUGGCAUUACCGCUUUGAGCCAGAAACUCGCUGCCAAAUUGCAGAACUGCAAACCGAAAUCGAAAGUUGAAGAGGAUGUUACCGUGGCAGUUCUUAAAGGUAUCAGAAACAUUCGGCACUUGGAAGACAAUCUGAUUGACAGGUUGGUCAGAUCCGCUAAUGACAACAGUGUGAAACCAAGAGUGAGGGUAGCAGUUCUAGAAGCUUUCCAGGCAGACCCAUGCUCCGCUAAAAUUAAGAAGACAGCUUUGGACCUAUUGAAGAAUAAAGAUCUAGACUCUGAAAUACGUAUCAAGGCGUACCUUGUCGUGAUCAGCUGUCCAUGUGGUCACAGCGCUAACGAAAUUAAGAAUCUUCUCGAACAUGAGCAAUCUCAACAAGUCGGUCGGUUCAUCACAUCAUCUCUGCGCUACAUUCGGGCGUCGACUAACCCCGACAAACUCCUCGCCCGUCAGCACUAUGGUCUCAUUCGCACGCCCAACCGAUUCAACGUCGAUGACAGGAAAUACUCUUUCUACCGCGAGCUAUCUUACAACGUGGAUGCAGCAGGAUUAGGAGGAAGCCUCGAGCAGACUGUGAUCUUCUCACAAGACUCUUUCUUGCCUCGAUCUGCCAGCCUCAAUGUAACCGCUGAGGUUUUCGGACACAACUUCAAUGUUCUUGAGAUCGGUGGACGUCAAGGAAAUCUCGAUCGCGUAAUUGAACAUUUCUUGGGCCCCAAGGGUGUCCUACGUACAAAAGACCCACAAACAAUAUAUGAUAACAUCGUGAAACAAUACGAAGCAUCUAAAAAGAAGGUAGAAGAUGGAUUAAGCAGAGGCCGUCGCUCCGUUAAAUCUGAAGUUGACAAUUUCGACAAGCAUCUAAAAGCGGAAUCUACACCAUACAACAAUGAAUUGGAUUUGGAUCUGUAUGUGAAGAUCUUCGGCACAGAUGCAGUAUUCCUAUCACUUGGAGACGAUAAAGGUUUUGACUUCAAUCGGGCUCUCGAUCAAAUAUUGAAAGUUGUAAACACUGGUACCAAGCAAGCCAAGAACUUUAAGCAAGAACUCCGCUCGCAUCUUCUAUUCAUCGACGCUGAGUUAGCCUAUCCCACCGCUACUGGUCUUCCUCUGAAAUUAGACCUUGUAGGCGCUGCAACUGGUCGUCUUGAAAUAGCCACCUCUAUUGACUUCAACAAACUCUUCUCAGGAUCCGAUGAUCGCAAAGUUGACAUCAAACUGGUACCCAGCACAGAUAUUGAAAUUUCUGGACUGUUCUUAGUAGAUGCAGGUGCAGUUGCAACUGGUUUGAAAGUAAUCAAUAAUCUACAUUCGUCUACUGGUGGUCAUCUGAUCGCUAAAUCGAUUGAAGGUGGACGCGGUAUUGAUAUUGAAUUGGCAUUACCCAUUGAGAAGCAGGAAAUCUUGACUGCUUCAAAUGAUCUAGUGUUAUUCACAGCUGAAAAAGGAAAGAAGGAAACACAUGUACCGUUGAAGGUUGAUGCACAUAGGAAAGAUUAUUCGGGAUGCUUCGAUCAGCUGUCCGGUGUAUUGGGACUAACACUUUGUGGUGAAGUGUCUGUACCAUUUGCAGUAUCAGGUGACGAGGCCCAAGCAUCCAUUUCUAAAUUCAUUGCUAGAUACCCACUGACAGGAGCUUCUUCAGUAAAACUAGUGUUAGAAAAGAACAACUUGAAGGGUUACCAUAUCAGAGGUAUUCUCCGCGCUGACAACCCUGAAAGAAAAGGAUUUGAGCUAUUGUUUGAUGCCCAAGGUUCACAAAAUCGACGCACACAAUUAACUGGAGAGUACGUGAACUGCGCAACAGAAAAAUCAAUUUCACUCGGCUUGAACUCGCCAAUUAAGGUUAUUCAAGGACAACUAGCGCUUCAUACUAAACCAAAUGAAUACACCAUCGUCGUAAGUGGCAAAUUAGAUACCGCUGAAGUUUAUGCAAAAGCCGGAUUUAAUGUACAAGGGAACGAAAAACGAAGUGUCUUCAAACCUAUUAUUGAAUACCAACUUCCUGACAAAGGUGAAAAACAAACUUUGAAGGUAGCCGGACAAAUAGUCAAGGAGGUUAAUGCUCCCGUAACAAAAUACACUAUUCAGGGAAUUAAAAUCGACAUUCCUAACUCUAAUGAAGCUGUGAACGUGAACGGACAUGUUGUUACCCAACCAAGUGGAGUUGAGCUCGAAGUAAAGGCACUGAAAGGCGAACAUAAUAUAUUACUCAGUGGUUCCGUGAAAAAUAAUGACGUGAAUCUAGAGUUCCGUAAUACUCUGAAUCCUAACAUCAAUUUCAAGGCUAUCGGACAUUUCGAAACAGGUGAAACGGUCCACAAUGAUUUGGACAUUAUUUUCGGUGACAAACUUAAUAACAACCAAAACCGAAUCGUGUUCAAUCAAUUGUUCAAGAACUACAAAAAGUCAGAGAGUGAAUUCAGCGUCAUUACUAAGAACAAGAUUGAAAUCGUCCCAAUUGGCUUCAAAGUUGUUGCCGAUGCUGAAGUAGAUCCCAAAAAGGUUGACGUAGAACUUCUAGGAGAAUACCAGAACAAUAAAGUUGAUGUAAAUCUAAAAGCACGUUCACAAAUCAAACAACCAGAUGACUAUAGCGUUAAAUUAGUUGCCAACUUGAACGACAGAGGACUGGAAGUAUUCUCAAAGAGAGACUGCUUAACUGCCGAUAAGUCAAACUUCGAGAAUUACGUUGCUAUUAAGAACUUUGGAAAAUAUGAGUUGUCUGGUGUGGUGCUUCAUAAGAAUAAACCCAAUGAUGUCGUUACUGGAGCUGUUGGUCAUCUUAAGAUUUCCAGUGGUAGCCAAUCUGAAGAUAUCAAGUUCGACGUUGGCGUAACUCAAACCGAAAGCCUAUACUCCUCUCAUGCCAAAAUUUCUUCUAAUCAUGGCGAAUUUCUGGACUACUUACUGAAAGUUACCCGAGGAAAUAAUCCAAAUGGUCAAUUGAAGCUUAAUUUAAAAGACACAAUCGCUGCUAAUGGACAAUACAAAGUAACGGAUGCUGAUGGCAAAGGCAAUGGUGCGAUCAUUAUUGAAUUCAAAAAGGCUCAACGAAAGAUCAAGGGUGAUGUUGUGUUCGUUGCGAAGGAUCCAGUAUUCAGUGCUGAAAUUGACGUAUACCUGAACUAUGAAAAGGAUAACAACGAUAAGGUUCACUUCACUACUAACACCAAGAGAACCGAUAAGAGUCUGGACUCAAAGAAUAAAGUCACAUAUGCCGGUAAGAGUGCUGAGGUGAACGUCCGCACCGACGGCGACCCCACAGAUUUGAACAAGGUCAAUGCUAACAUUGAAGUAGUACUGCCUUCAGAGAGGUGCCUUAACUUAAAAGUUAAGCGAGAUGUUACUGUCAAGGAUGAUGUUGCCAAUGGCCAUGCGGAUGUUGUCCUCUCCGAUGCUACAAAGCGAGGUGGUAAGACGUCCCUCAUCAGUUACAAAGCUAAAAUCGUGAACACCAAUCUAGAAAAAGACAUCAUUAACUAUGAAGCUCAAAUUGAUAUUAAACUAAAGGAAGGCAAACACCUGCAGAACACAAUCGUUUUGACAAACGAACUUGCCGGGGAAAAAUUCAAAUAUAACUUCAAGUACGAUAUCUCCGGAAACUUGAUCCCGAAACGAAUCUACCUAUCAGCACAUGGUACCUACCUGGAUUCAGACGAGGUUGUCGACUUGACUUACUCCAGCAAAGGAGGCUACGGAGACAAUAUUGGUUACGAAAUAAGUGGGGAUUACAUUAUCAAGUUAUUGGAAAAAGGAGAGAAGAAGUAUUACGAUUCUUUCGUGAUUAAACUAAUAACUCCAAUCGAGAAGGCCCAUGAUAUCAAAUACACUUCUUACUUCCUCUUCACUCAACCGGAGAACGGAGACAAAUCUGAGUACGACCUCAAGCAAGCAAUCCAGAUAAAUGCCGAUGAAUACAAGUUCGACUCCAAAGGUUACGCGAGUACCAAUGAUGGCGGUGUCAAGUUACACGUUCUGAUCCCUCACGUGGAACCGUUCAACAUUGACACCAAGUACAAGACCAACUCUGAAGGUGAAAAGCAAAUCGUCAAUGUGGAAGUAAAAGCCCUGUACGGUAAGGGUAAGACAGUCAACUUGGUGGUGAACGGCGCGGCCGCUCCUCAGGAAUACGACUUGGAUAUCAAGGCUAACGCACCACAGAACGAGAAACUUAAGAAGCUUGACCUCUCUCUUAAGACUAAGAACCCAUCACCUGAUACAUAUGUGGUAGUGGCAGCAGUGGACGCUGAUGGAAGGGUAUACAAGUCUCAGUCGACCGUGGUGUACUCCAAUUCAAACCCAGUUGUGGAUAUUUCCUACACCCCACCAAAUGCACCAGCGAGCAGACUCUACGUCAAGGCCAGUUCUUUCAGCGAUAACGAAGGCAAAAUUGAACUGAAAAUCGUGAACAUCCGCGAUGUAUCACUCGACGCUGUAACCGAGGGCACUAUCAAACAAGACAAUAUUGUUCUGAACCUGUUGGCAAACUCUGAGAAGCUGGGUUGGAAGAAUUACAAAGUAAACAUUGCAACAAAGGAUGCUCCGAAUAACGGCAAGCGUUUGGAAUUCCAUGCAACGAAUGACAACAAGAACAUACUGAGUGGAACCACGACAUUCAUAAGCAAGCAAGAGAACAAGCAAACGUUAAUCGAAGGUUCUGGAAAGGUGAAGGUCAACGAUGUUGAGAAGUCAGCCACGUUCAAAUACAUCAGAACUAUCCUGACAGAAGGCAAUGAGCAAGGAGUUGAGACCUUCCUAAACCUGGCCUUGGGUGACCGCAGCUACGUCACGGAGACUAGGAUCACCAACCUCGAAUACAAGAACUCAUAUUUGUACUGCGAGGAGAAGAAGCAGUGCGCCCAUGUUGACAUCAACUCGAAGAUUAACAUACCAAAUCCAGGCGUAGUACAACAUGCUAUCAACGUUAAUGUUGAUUUGCGGAAACUUGGAGUCGCUCCCGAAUUCGGUCUUCAGAUCACCAACGAGAUUUCUGAAAAGAAACUCCCACAGUACACUCUGGACUUACACGCUGCUAAGGAUGAUAGGAAAUACCAUCUCAAUGUGUACAGCCAUCCGGAACAAGGCCAAUUCCCCGCCGGUAUCACUGUCUCCCUUCCACAACGUGUCCUGGCACUCGAGACCAAAGUGGUAUACCCCACAAAGAAGGACCUACCAUUCCCCAUCUCAGGAGAGCUGACCAUCCACCCAGACAAGAGGAAGCCCCAAUAUAAGACUGCAGCCAGAUUUUUGGUCGACGUGAAGGGUAGCGAGAAGCAGCAUCUGCUUAUUGCCGACUUUGGAUUCAGUCAUCCUAAAUUGGGCAAGGAGGCCUUGCUCAAGAUUCGAGGCAAUCUUAAGAACAGCGAUAACAUAGUCCAAAUUGAAACUUCGGCCAGCAUCUGUCACCCAGUUCUUGGAGCUGACCGUGAAUCGAAAUUCUUACUGGAAGUCGGCACUAGUUCACUUAAACUUGUGUUGGACACACCAAUUGUCAAAGUGAUUGAAGUAGAAAGCAACCUACAAGUGAAGGAUAACCUGCAACAAGGGGACCUGAAAUUCUGUCUGCUUCAGGGCAAACCAGUCACAGUCCGCGCUCUCAUCAAGGACUUCCAAUAUUAUGAAUUCACUACAGGUUAUACAGAUGAGUCAGAUCGCAAGCUGUCUGUGAUCGGUCACCUGGACCCUGAGAAGCGCGUGGACAUCAGCGCUGACCUCGUCCUCUCGGGAGAGAAGAAGAACAUUGCCCACGGUGCUCUCUUCUUGAAGGACAACCUUGUGAAGAGUGACUAUGGAAUUUCUAAGGAGAACUUCAAUUACUUCGUGAACGCACUGAAGAAUGAUUUAACAAACCUGGAGUCGCGCAUCAAGCAGCUGGGAGAGAAGACAAACGCAGACUUUAAGGACAUCGUGAAGAGAGUGCAACCCAAGAUCCAAGAAUUAGAGAAAUGCUACAAGGAAGACUUGGAGAAGAUCUACAACGAAGUGGUCAACGAUAAAACUCUGAAGGAAAUCUCGCAAGUGCUCCAAGAGGUUGCGCAGUUCCUUGCUAAGAUCAUUGAUGACAUCGUCACAGCGUUCAAACCCCUCGUUGACAAACUGUACACUGUUGUUAGUGACACUCUCAAGCAACUUGAAGAAACUUUCGACAAAGAGAUUGCACCUCAAAUAAAGAAACUCUAUGAAACCGUCGGAGCCAUCUUGAAGGAGUUCUUCGAUGGACUGCUUGACAUAGUAGCACAUUACGCAGCUCUCGUCACCGACUUCUUCGAAAAACACAAGGCCGAGCUUAAGGAACUCACUGACGCCGUCACUGGAAUCUUUAAAGAAAUCACCCGUAUCAUCGUUAUCCAACUGAAAGAACUGAAAGUGAACGUAAAGAAUAGCUUGGAAGCAAUUAUUGCAUACGUCACUGAACUGGAGUCCUCCAUUGUUAACAUCGUGAAAUCUAAGUAUGAAGAAUUGGGAGUGCCAGAGAGUGUACUGAAUGCUCUACAGGAGAUCCACAAUACUCUACGAGCAUUACUGCCUACAGAAGAAACUAAGAAGUUCGCUGAUUCAGUAUACACUUACGUUUCCAAGAAACUGCGCGCUGAGAAGUUCGACGAACAAUCCGAAUUGCGUAUCAUAUACGAGAAAUUCACUGUGGCGCUGACAUCGCUCAUCCAAUUCCUCCGCGGUCAAUUCAACCAAUACGGAAUACCAUCUCUGUUCAGCAUUGACUCUAUACCGUUCCUUACUGCUCCCGGACAAAUUUCUUACACUCCCACGGGUGUUGGGGCAUCGUUGAGUUUGGUGAACCAAAUACUGCGUGGAGACGUCCCCGAUCCGUUAUCAGUAAUCCAGGCAUACAGACCUCGCAGCUUUGACCCUCUUGAAGAAGUCCCCGUCAAACUUCGAGCUGUCGUUGUUAACGGUCAACACAUCUUCACAUUCGACGGCCGCCACCUGACGUUCCCGGGCAACUGUCGCUACGUCCUCGCUCACGAUUACGUCGACAGGAACUUCACGUUUGUCCUGCAGCUGCAGAAUGGCAAACCCAAAUCCCUUAUCCUCGAGGACAAGAGCGGCACGACUGUGGAAUUAAAGGACAAUGGACAGGUUGCCCUCAAUGGCGCUACACAUGGAUAUCCAGUUGAAGAGAAAGACGUGUUUGCAUUCAAGAAGCCUGAUGGAGUACUGGGUAUUGGAUCCAAGUACGGUGCACUAGCAUACUGCUCUCCUAAACUUGAGGUGUGUUAUAUCGAAGUCAACGGCUUCUACCUCGGCAAGCUGCGCGGCCUGUUAGGCGAUGGCAACAACGAACUCUUCGAUGACUUCAGACUACCCAAUGGAAAGAUUGCUAACUCAGAAUCUGAAUUUGGCAACGCCUACCGGCUGGCCAACAGCUGCCCGCAAGUCAAGACUCCGGAACACUCGCAGCAUCAACACCACGCUGCCCUGCCAGCUGCCUGCGAGCAGGUCUUCGGAGGAAGCUCCACGCUACGUCCGCUCAGCUUAAUCCUUGAUGCGGCACCAUUCAGACAAGCGUGCAUCCACGCGGUGACCGGCAACGCUCUGUUGUUCCGCGAGGCGAUGGAAUGAGGCGCCUGGCUGACGUGGCUUUUCUGGCGCUGAGCACGGAUAUAUCUGCCGGCCGUGCUGCCGCCCGCCUGCAUCCGCUGCACGGACGCCGGCGGCGUCAAACCCAUCGGAGACACCUACGAGGUCAAGCUGCCCGGCAAGCAGGCCGAUAUCCUGGUCCUCGUCGAGACUACUAAGAGCAACGAAAAGAACUACAAAGAUUUGGUCGUGCCGUUAGUCUCUCAAGUGGUGGAUAACUUGAAGAGCAAGCGCAUCACUGACAUCAAGGUCUACCUGAUCGGAGUCACCGCUAGGUUCCCAUACCCCAUCGUUUAUGAUACCGACUUGAAACUGAAGACCCCGAAGGUCUCAUUCAGUGAUGAGAGCCGCUACCAGACAACUCCCACCAUAAACACCGGCUGCGAGAAGGUCAACUCCGUCCAAAAGACUAUUGCCUCCUACAUUGAUCAACUAAGAAUAAUCUUAGGAUUGUCCAACAUUAACGGUGGAUACGCCGGAGCUAUUGAUACCCCUCUCCGACCAGGCGCCCUCAAGCACAUCAUAACGGUCAACGGCGAAACUUGCCAACUGGAAAUUGGCACUCCAUUGGAAAUAGCUCUCACUGCACUUCUUUACGAACAAUUGGGCAUCACUCACAGUUUGGUGGCAUCCACUCCCGGCCUGCAAGUCACUAAGGGCGGUGUUAAACCUGCAGAUGUUAUUGGUUACACCAGUGACUCUGCUCUGGUACUUGAUGAGAAGAAGCAUGCCAAGGAAGUGAAGGAUGUCGACGUGGACCAAGAAGAGACCAACUACUGCGCAGCUGUAGCCGAAGUUACUGACGGGCUCGUGCUCUCGGCAACUAACUACCUAGCGUUGGGCGCUGCGGAACAGAAGCAGUUCCUCCUCUCUGCUGCCAAUGCUAUCACACAGAAGAUCCUCGAGGAGUCCCUCGUGCAGGAGUGCGUGUGUAGCUACGCUGACGCAUUCGUUGGCCGCUCCGAGUGUGUAGUCAAGUCUAGGAAGGAAGUGGCACACCGACGAAAGUGAGGUUACCAGGCAGACCCAACGGAACUAACGAGACUGUGAUCAGUGCCAUUAUGUAUCAAAUACUCUAAUUUUUUAUAACUACCGUCUCUACAAGAGCGAGAUGAAUAUAUUUUCUUUAUUGUGCUUUAUUAUUCUCUCAUACUUAUUAUUAUAUAAAAUAGUACAGUAUAAUUAAUCUAUCAUACUUCAACUCUUUGUGAGGUUAAGACCUAUAUUAGAAAUGAAUUUGAUUUCCAUUUAGCAUAUUUAUUUAUAAAAUGUUGACUUCAAAAUGUGUAGUUACGAAUUUUAUGACAUAUGCUUUGUCUUUGUUACACUUCGUCACACUAAAGUGUACGAAAUAUAUGACAAAUGUCACCCUUCGUCACACUUAAGUGUGACAUAAUUUUUGGAUUGGAUGCUAUAACGAUUUUAGGACGUAACUAAGAGACUAUAUGCAUCUCGUUCGCACUCAAUAAAUAUAUCACAAGUGCUGUUGUACCUCUCAUUCUGUAAUUAUUCUGUUUUUAUUUUAUAAAUUAUUUAAAUAAUUCUGUACAAUAAAGAGGUAAAUGUCUCAUUGAAAUAAUCUCACCUUGUAUUAGAAUAAAUAAGUAUGUUAUUAAUAUA